GCUGCAAAUGUUCGAGUCAUAUAAACAUACAUCAAUAUCAAUAUUUUCACCUGAUCGCCCCCGGAGAACAGUCGCCUAUCGCGUUCGUAAACGUUGCUCCAAAAGUGAAUAAGACGUGAACAAAUCGAGUGAUGAUAAAUCGAUAUAGUGUUUGCGUUUAAAGUGAAUUUAAAGCAAGUUUUGUUAUUGUGAAUAUUUGUUUAUACCGAGAAAGAUGACCAUCGUGAGGGAUCUGCCUGAACGAGUUUCGAAGCCAUCACCAGUGAAGAAUAUAUUGCGAUGGUGGUCGAAAGAGUUCAAAGUUAUCCUGGCGGAAUUUGUAUCAACAACACUAUUGGUAUUUUUGGGAUGUAUGGCUAACGUGCCACUGGACGAUUUCACCGUACAACCUCCGAUGUACGGUCCGAUUGCUUUUGGUCUGGUCGUUUUGUUCAACAUAACGUCAUUUGGGCAUAUAUCUGGUGCGCAUAUGAACCCGUCGGUGACAUUGUCUGCAAUAAUAUGGGGAAGCGUUUCGCUCCCUCUCGCUGUUAUGUACGCUAUAGCUCAGUGCGGUGGUGCGAUCGUUGGAUACGGUUUACUGCUAAGUGUUUCACCUAUCGACUUAAUCCCAGGUAGUGUUUGCAUAACUCAGCCUCAUAUGAAUCACACUAUGUACCAAGCUCUUGUGAUUGAAAUAAUACUGUCAACAGCACUAGGUUUUAUUAAUUGUGCUGUAUGGGACCCUGUGAACAAAGAGAAGCAAGAUGCGAUUCCUUUGAAGUUUGGGUUCACUAUUGCCGCGUUGUCGCUUGCAGGGGGGCCUUUGACAGGGGCGAGUAUGAACCCGGCAAGGUCCUUAGGGCCCGCCGUAUGGACUGGUAAUUGGAAUACACAUUGGGUAUAUUGGCUAGGCCCGGCCGUCGGUGGUGCGGUAGCACCUCUGCUUUAUAAGGUAGCUUGGCUGGAAACUAAGAAAGAUAAAGACUUUGAAGUACAAUCUAGCAAUGGCCAAAUGUGAAAAUAUUCAAAGACCGAAUUACUUUACAGCUUGACAAAUAUGGAGUUUCGGUGUUAGAAUUAUGGUGUAAACGAAUUUAUAAUUUACUCGUAUAUUACGAGUCGUCUUCAGUAAUGUAUAAAAUCGCAGUUAGUCGUCAUAGUCAGUCUUUAACCACGGCAACAUUAUAGAGAUUGUUUAAGGUAUUGAAAAAGUAUUUAUUUAUUAGAAAGAGAGAAGACUUUACUGAAUUUUCGCCAUAUUUUUAUUUAACUAAAUAUAGAACAAAAGACUAUAGUAGAAUAGGAUAACUAAGGACUAAAAUAAGUAUAUCUGUGUUAAGUUAUUUACGUAAUAAGAAAAUAAUAAUAAAUAAUUAUACGAUUCUGGUAUAUAAUUGGACAAUUAUUAUGAAAGGUUAUUUAAAGCUAUGCCGAAUAUUCCACUUAGGAUCCCGCCGAAUAUUAGUUAUCCGGUCAAGGACUCUUUUUAAGCCAUGUAUAUUUUAUCCCAGUUCAAAUUUCAUAAUUAUGAAUGUAAUCUUUUUGAAUAAAACUUCGUUGAAUUAAAUUUUAUUUGUCGGUUACGCUAAUUCGGUGGUAAAGGCUCUUUA